AAAGAGAAUAGUAUGAAUUCUAUUCCACGCUGGCAUGGUCUCAAUCAUUUUAAUCACAUUGUCUCUAUUUCCUUCUCAGAUGGAACCAAGUAUGAGGAUAUCUCUAAGGUUAGUAUUAUAUCUUUAUAUCUACUUGAAUAAAUACUAAGUAAUAUUUUUAGGUCAUAAUUUUUGCUACACAUGGUCUAUUUGAUCCAAAAAAACACAAGCGAGGUUAUCAACUCUUACAAUGUCUUCAUACAUAUCUUACACUAGAUAUGUACCUGGCACUUGAAGUUCACACUGAAGAUACCUUAAAUGCUGGUGAGCAUGCAUUAUUGGAAUUUGGUGACUCUCUUCAGGCCUACAUUCACACCUGUCCCUCAGAAACUCAGAAGAACUGGAAUUUUCCCAAGGCCCAUACCAAUAAACAUGCUUUUGCUGAUAUUCGAGCAAAAGGUGCAACAAAAAAUUUCAAUACCAAAAUAAAUGAAAAGUUGCAUGGGCCUUUAAAGGAUUCUUAUCUGUUACGAACAAAUAAGAAGAACUUUGCAGAGCAGAUAAGGCCUUCAAAGAUUUUCGAAAGCAACUAGCCUCAUAUAUGAAUACCUUGCUACCUGCCUCUAGAAUAGAGCUUCCAGGUGGCCAACGUCUACAAUUCUCCAAUGAGGAUACAGUAUGUCUCAUAUCUCUGAUAUUUUUCAGCAUAUAUAGCAUUAACUUCAUCUUCAAUACUAUGGCAGAUCACAGAAUACAAAUUCCUCAAGGUG